AAAAAUGAGGGAUGAUUUAAUUAGGAGAUGGAAAUAUGUCAUUAUUAAGAUGCUGUGGGUACAGGUUUUAGAAGCAACAACAUGGAAACAAAGUACGUAUUAGGUGAUGAGGAGGAGGAGACGACGGUGGCCAUUGAUGAGGCUGAUGACUUGCGGCAGCCCAAUGACACAUUUCUUACUGAUUUGAAUCUCAUGAUUGUGGCGCUUUCACUAAGCUCCAUAUGCAACGAAGGAGAUGAUGGCUUAAACUUGGAUGCCACCGACAACAACAAAGUCAAUAUUAAGGAUCUUGAAGCAGGUAAGGAUAAGGGCAAGACCUGCAAUGUUCCCAGGCUCCAUGCUAGAAAACGGGAUACCAACAACGACAACGUAAAGCUCAUGAGACGACAAACACCACACAAGGAUUUCAGGCAUGGCAGAAGAAUGUAGACGACGACAUUUG